AUGGAAUCGAGGCCUUCCUCACCGCCGCACCGGCUCCCUGCGGGGCCACGAACCGGCUUCACCCUGGUGGAGCUGCUGGUGGUGAUCGCCAUCAUCGGCGUGCUCGUGGCCCUGUUGCUCCCGGCGGUGCAGUCGGCGCGUGAGGCGGCACGGCGGACGCAGUGUGUGAACAACCUGCGUCAGCUUUCGUUGGCGGUCGCCGAUUAUUCUGACACGUACAAAAACUUGCCGGCUGCUGGUGACUUCGGUCCCAAGGAAGAAGCCAUUUACGAGUUUGAGCGAACGGGCGAGAUACGCGUCGAUCUUAAGGCGGGGCGGAACACCAGCUGGAUCGUCGCCGUGCUGCCGUUCAUGGAAGAAUCGGCGCUUUACGAUCAGUUCGGCUCUUCACAGCACAUCACCGCCAUUGAUUCACAGCCGCAGGCGGCCCAGCCGAGCUCGCUGCUUUGCCCGAGUGAUUCGCCUUCCGGUCGCUACUUCGAGUCGGCCGACGACUGGGGGGCGGGCGCCGCUCGCUUUGGGAAGGGAAGCUACGCCGGCUACAGCAACCCCUACCACGCGGACCAGCUGUAUUUCGGCGGGCCUUUGGCGCACUUCGGCAUCUCACCCCGCAAGAUCACGGACGGGACUUCAUCGACAUUGCUGCUGAGUGAGGUGCGGACUCGUGAAGAGCCCUUGGAUUAUCGCGGGGUUUGGUCGCUCCCUUGGGCGGGAGCGACGCUCUUGUCAUUUGAUCUUCACGCCAAGAACGUGGGAGGACGAUUUCCUACCGAGCAAGACAACUACGAGCCCAACCCCAUCUCAUUCGGCGUUACCCAGCCGCCCAACAGCCGACAGCCCGAUGUCAUGUACGAGUGCAACUCUACGGCUGGGGAGGUGCUCGAUCGGAUGCCCUGUGUUCGCUGGGCCGGUAAAGUUGUCAACAGCUACAUCUCAGCUGCGCCGAGAAGCCUGCACCCCGGCGGCGUGAACGCCGCCUUCAUCGACGGCCAUCUCGCCUUCCUCAGCAAUGACAUCGAUGAGUACACGAUGCUGUUGCUGGUGCGCCAGAACGACGGCGAAGUCAUCAGCACGAGCUUCGUCUGGCAGCUGACUUCGAAGCCGGAAAACUGGCUGAGUGAUGAAGCAGCCCAGCGCUACGUCGACGCCGCCGAAGCGCUGCACGGCAGCACCAUGAACGCUGGCCCUGAAGCCGAGCGAGCCGAAGACCUCCCCGCGUACGCUGACUAUGCCAAGGCGUCGGCCGAAGUCGAAGCGGCCCGAACGCGACAAGUCUGGGCGCCUCGGAUCAUCCUGGGCAUCGGGGCUGUCGUCGCGAUCGUGGGCGUCAUGGGCAUGCGAGCCGGGAGCGUCAGCGACCGGAGGGACCUGGGCAUACGGAUCAAGGGCGUGAAGGGCGAUGAUGGGGGGCUAGCCGCCACCUGCCCCCCUCCUUCCGUCUCACCCGCCGCGCGCCGUGUCCUACAAUCUCACGUCGCCGCCGAGUUCGAGAACCCGGUGAUGCUCUACUCGAUCGGCAAGGACUCCGCUUGCAUGGUCCGCCUCGCCGAGAAGGCGUUCUACCCGGGCAAGCCGCCUUUCCCGCUGAUGCACGUCGAUACGACGUGGAAGUUCAAGGAGAUGAUCGAGUUCCGUGAGAACCUGAUCCGUAAAGAACUCGGCUGGGACCUGAUCGUCCACAUCAACGAAGAGGGCGUGAAGCAGGGCAUCGGCCCCUUCACGCACGGCAGCAAGGUGCACACCGACACCAUGAAGACGGUGGCCCUCAAGCAGGCGCUCGACAAGCACAAGUUCGACGCGGCCUUCGGCGGCUACAUCCACCUCGAAAACAUCCCGAUCCCCGACCUCUACUUCGCCGCCAAGCGCCCGGUCGUGAUGAAGGACGGCGUCCUGAUCAACGUCAACGACGACCGCAUGCCGAUCGAGGAAGGCGAAGUCAUCGAAGAGCGGAUG